AUGAAGAUUUCUGUCAUUCUGGUCGCCUUACUGGUCGUUGUGGUCGCCAAUGCAAAUGUUGCCGAACGGGAGCAGACACGCAGGGAUGCACAACGUUCAUAUACGAGGCAAACUGGACAAACGAGAGAAAGAUCCGGUCGACCUGACGGACGGGAUGAAACCGAAGAUGAAGCGCAAGACCAAGUUGAUGAUCGGGCGGUUGAUCAACGAGAACAAACUGCUACACGGGAUCGAGUGACCAUAAAGCUCACUAGAGAGCGUGUUGCGAGACCAGAUGCGGACGACGAAGCGGAUGAGGCGAGUGCACGACCGAACAGACAGCGUGCUCAACACGCAACAAGAAAACAACGUGAUCCAGAGCAAUCAGAGGAGGAAGACGAGGAUCGUGAGACACGGACUGACCGAAACGAGCCAGACAGAGAUGCACGCAGAGAAACUGGAAGGCAGCGACGAGUGCGAUUAGAUCGAGUCCGAGAUAAUGUUCGACGUCGCGCGCGUUACGACUGA